GGAAAUCAAGUGAAGGAUGUAAGAAAAUUGGAACAUAAUGUAUUGAGAGAUAUGUAUCUGGUAAAUGUGCAGCAGAGCUAUAAGCUAUAGAUGCUUAAGGUUCAUCCUUGGACUUGGCUCCAUCUUUGCUCUCCAUAUAUGACAGCUUAGCCUUAGAAAACAACUUAAAUUCGGAUGGAAUUAACCAAUCAGAAACCCAGAAUGGAUCACAUGAUACAAUUUUAUCCAAUCAGGACCAUGCAAUUGCAAUUCAGGUGAUAUCGAAUGAAUGUGAUACAACUGACUCUGACUCCAUUAUGGAGCUGGAAGGUCAAGGUAAAAUUUCACCAACUGAGAAAGGUGACCUUGACCCAAGUGAGUGUAAAAAACGACCUUUGAGUGUUGGGUCAGGGUCAUCCUCUUCCUCCUCAUCUCUUUCACAUCAUGUGAUAAAAAAACCAAACUUGAGCUCUAUAGACAGCAGUUCUUCAAAGCUUGAUCAUAUUCUAUACAUUGAUGAUGAAAAAGGGGACCAGUCCUUGAUCCAAGAAAAAUCUGUUGAAAGUUCACCAGAUAUUUCAGUGAGUGAUUUAUCUCCAAACAAAAAUGUGGAGGAAGAGGUAGAAACUUGCAAAUUUGUGAUUUCUCCAAACCAGUCUCAUGGAGUUUUUAUUGACCAAGAAACGGGACCAAAGACUGCAGAAGACACUUCACCUCAGAUAACUAAAAUAACUAAGACUGCCAUAGAAACACUGUCAGCCGAAAACUCAGAAUCUGUCUCAGUAUCCCAGAAUUCCCUCAGACUUCCUUCCUCUCACAGUUCCUCUCCAAGUAUUUCAGCAUCUGAGUGCUCAUCAGUUGUCUCAGUGGACAAUGCCUCCUCCAAUCUGCCACCCUCACAAAAUACUCCCACCCCCCAGUCUAGACCACCGGACUCGCCCACUAAGUAUGUCACUCGAGUCCAGAGGGUGAUCUCGGAGAUUGUGGACACCGAGAGGACCUACGUCUUUAGCCUUAACGAGAUAAUACAGGUAUGUAUCAUUUCACAUAAUGCAUAG